GAUAUGAUUUCACUAAUAAUUUCAGUUUGAAAUAGUAUAGCAAAAUAAUAGUUUAAAAUGUAUUAAUAAAUUGGAUAGAUAGAUUGUAAAAGCUAUAUUUAUUAGGCCAUAACAUUAUGCCACUUUAACAAUGACUCACCGCGUACACCCACACGUUCCGAAGCAGAAAAAGUUUACCCCAACGUCCCUAGCCGCGGUUGACCCGCUGCCGGUAGUAACAGUUGAUGAGACACAAACGAAAUUCGUUGGAAUCUUUACCGGACUAACGGUGGAAGUGUGCGAUCCGGAAGCGAUCGCGAAACUUUCCCUUGGUGGAUGCUUCGGACAGGGAACGAUAUCCCGUUCGUUUCCCGCAUCGGUACGGAAUUGCGGGCUGGCCGAGGUUCCCCUGCAACUGGCACGGCAAAGGCAGAUUGAUAGGCGACACGAAUGGAAACGAAAAUAUGGGCCGAGUGCUGCGGACAACGGGAAGACAUACGUUCGAGUGAUGGACGAACAUGUAGAAAUGCAAUUGAAUGAUGGAAUUUUGCAAGCUCGAGAGCUGAAAGAUGAUUUAGUUGAAGUCACACGUGAUCCGUAUCCGAUGCGUGAAAAUCUUAGUUUGCUUUUUGAGGAAACAAUGUUUUUGGUUGAAAAAUUGAAAUGCCUUGAAGUGCGAACUUUGGACGGAAUACCCCUACCACAAGAUCAGUUAUUAAAGAAAAUAGUAACACUGAAAAAGGAUUUUAUUACAUCGUAUGUAUCGUACGUAUAUUUCAAAUCAAAGAACUGGAUAAUCAGAAGCGGCCUUAAAUUUGGUGGCGAUUUCCUUUUGUAUCAAAAAGGCCCACAAUUUUUUCAUGCAUCAUUCAUUGUGCUUCUAAUUCCCUACCAAAACGGGCAAAAGCUUCCUGGUUGUGCCCAUUGCUUAGAUAAUCACGAUUUUCAGUGUUUCAAUCGUAUCGCAGAAACUACGGGUAAAGAGCUGUUGGUUCUGGAAGUUCACUACCCGGUCGAUCUAAAUCCAAUGGAUUACGUGAACUGCGCUACUCGACUAAAUGAGUUCAAAGUCUGUGAAAUAUUUCCCAAGCACCACAAUUAUGCGGCCGUUCGGGGAAGUCACCAGCAAAGCUCUUCAAAUCGUAAGUAG